GUGUCCCGAGCGGUCUGGGGAUGGCGGGGGUGUGAGCGCUCCCCGCCCAGCUCCCACGGGCGGGCAGGGGCGACCCGCGCCCCGGGCGUCUCCGGACGCGCAUGGGAGCAGACAUGGGAACACUUCCCGGGAGGGCACGGCCACGGCGUGGUAAUUAAUUAACCACCGGGGGCGUGGCUUUUCCAAGGGAGGCGUGUCCGGCCCCGCCCCCGAUUCAAAUUUGAAGCACGCGCUUUCCCGCCCAAAGUUGUUUGCCCGCCGUGGUGACGUCAGCGGCGCGCGGUGUCCCGCAGCCAAUCAGCGCGGGGCCUUCGCCCCCCUCCCGCCAUGGAGCCCGCGGCCACCACCAGCAUCCAGGUGCUGCUCCAGGCGGCCGAGUUCCUGGAGCACCGGGACCACCGCGACCCGCCCGGCCUGGCUGAGGCCGAGCACGGCUACGCCUCACUCUACCCCGCCCGGUCGCGCCGGGCCGUGAGCAGCGUCAGGUCGGUGCACAACGCGCUGGAGAAGCACAGGAGAGCCCAGCUCCGGUGCUGCUUGGAGCGGCUGAAGCAGCAGGUGCCGGUGGCCGCGGGGCCGGCCCGUCCUACCACGCUGAGCCUUCUGCACCGUGCCCGGCUUCACAUCCAGAGGCUGGAGGAGCAGGAGCUGAGGGCACGGAGGGCCAAGGACCGGCUGCGAGACCAGCAGCGGAGCCUGCGGCGGCGGCUGGAAUGGCUGCUCCUACCCACCGACGGGGAACGGGCACGGGCUGACAGCCUAGACUCAUCCCAGCUCUCAGAGCCCUCCGAGGGAGAGGAUGCCGAGGUAGAGGUGGAUGGUGUGGUGUUCGGUGGGGACCUGCUGCACGCCUUCGGCACUGGGAGAGACCACAGCUACUCCAGCCUCCACAGCCCGGAAUCCUGACAGUGCCCAUUGCCUUCCCUGCACUGCCUGCCUGCCUCCUUCCUGCUGGAAAUGCAGCCUCCCCGGCCUCAUCACAGCCAGGAUAAGGGGCCACAGGUAGGGGUGAGCACCCAGCUUGGCCCCCAGCAGCUGGGCUGCUGGGCAGCACUGGCUGUGGCACUGGGUGCACAGGGCUGGCACUGCACUGUGGCACCCACUGUGAGUGCACUGCAAAGCACUGGGAGAGGCACUGGAAGAGGGCCCAGCUGUCAUGGGGAAACCCUCACGCCUCCCCCUGUGCACCGCCAGGCAUGUGGCAGUGCUGCUCACUGCAGACAUGGCUACAGGAGGGCUAUCCCGUCCCUGGAGAGACAGAAAGGGGAAACAAGUGCAUUAAGCAAUCUGCCUUCAUGCUCCCCCAGGCACCCCGCUCUUUUGUACAGACCCCACACUUUUAUAGUAAAGGCACUUGGUAAAA